AGGAAGUCGCGGCUUUCUGAUAUGCCUCUGCUGCGUGACAGCGGCGGCCCCUGAUACGUCUAGUGUUGCCGCCGUCUCUCCCCGCCUCCCUGCAGCAACUGAUCCGUCAGGAGCAGUAGCCGUAACGGGGAUGAGGUGUGGGAUUAACAUUUGAGUGCAUACUAAGAAUUUUUAAUUCAUUUCUUGACUUGCAGGAUUGAAAGGUGUAAGCUACAGGGCAAGAAUGGGUCGCUCUAACACUAGAUCACAUUCCUCAAGAUCAAAGUCCAGAUCUCAGUCCAGUUCAAGGUCAAGAUCCAGAUCACACUCCAGAAAAAAGAGAUACAGUUCUAGGUCUCGGUCUAGGACGUACUCACGAUCUCGUAGUAGAGAUCGUGUUUAUAAUAGAGAUUACCGCAGAGAUUACAGGAAUAAUAGAGGAAUGAGACGCCCCUAUGGCUAUAGAGGAAGAGGUAGAGGAUAUUAUCCAGGUGGUGGAGGUAGAUAUCAUCGUGGAGGUUACAGACCUGUCUGGAAUAGAAGACACUCUCGAAGCCCUAGACGAGGCCGCUCACGUUCCAGAAGUCCAAAGAGAAGGUCUGUCUCUUCCCAGAGAUCGCGGAGCAGAUCUCGCCGGUCUUACAGAUCUUCUAGGUCUCCAAGAUCAUCUUCAUCUCGGUCUUCAUCUCCAUAUAGCAAAUCUCCUGUCUCUUCCAAAAGACGUGGGUCAUCAGAAAAGCAAGCAAAGAAAACUGAGGGAGCUGCUUUGCAAGACAGUCCAUUAAAAAAUAAAUCACAAGAAGAAGAAAAAGGUACAUUUGAACAUGAUCCAUCUGAGCCUCUAGAUGAUUUCAGUAAAGCAGCAGCAGCUUCAGGUGAUAUUUGGCCUGGCCUUUCAGCAUAUGACAACAGUCCAAGGUCUCCUCGUAGUCCUUCUGUUGCAUCCCCACCUAGUCAGAGUUCCUCGUGCUCUGAUGCCCACUUACUCAGCACAGUCCACUCAGCAAAAAACACACCUCAGCGCUCACAUUCCAUUCAGCAUAGUCCUGAGAGGUCUGGGUCUGGCUCCCUGGGAAAUGGCUCCAGCCGCUACAGCCCUUCCCAGAAUAGCCCACUGCAUCACAUUCCUUCAAGGAGAAGUCCUGCUAAAGCAAUUAUAUUGCAGAAUGCUCCACGUGAGGAAAAUCGCAUACGCUCUUUUUAUCCUGAAGCUGGGGAACAGGAAAGUACAAAGGGUGCAAAAUUUCUGAAAAGGUACACAGAUGAAGAGUCUAGAGUAUACCUGCUUGAUAGGGGUAACACGAGAGAGAAAGAAGCUCAGAAGGAGAGAGGGUUAGAAAAAGGGAGGACAGGGGGAGAAAGAGAGUGGGAGGAUCAGGAAGCUUUGGAAUAUUAUAUGGAUAAAGAAUCUGGAAAACAAAAAUUUAAUGACUCUGAAGGGGAAGACACAGAGGAGACGGAAGAUUAUAGACAGUUCAGAAAAUCUGUUCUGGCAGAUCAGGGUAAGAACUUUGCUGCAUCUCACCGGAAUACUGAGGAGGAAGGCUCCAAGUACAAAUCUAAAAUUUCUAUGAAAGCAAAUAAAGAAAGUGAAGGAUUUAGAGAAGAUAAAAGUUACAAGCUUAAAGAGACAACUAGCUAUGUAGUGGAGAGACCUAGUGCACCAAAAGAUAAGCACAAGGAAGAUGAGAAAGUUUCUGAGAGAAUGAUGAAGAAAGAAAGCCAGUCACCUGAGCAGGUAAAGUCUGAGAAGCUCAAAGAACUCUUUGAUUAUAGUCCUCCCCUACACAAGAAUCUGGAUGCAAGAGAGAAAUCUACCUUCAGGGAGGAGAGCCCACUUAGGAUCAAAAUGAUAGCCAGUGAUUCCCAUCGACCUGAAGUUAAACUUAAAAUGGCACCCGUGCCCCUUGAUGAUUCAAACAGACCCGCUUCCUUGACUAAAGACAGGCUGCUUGCUAGUACCCUUGUCCAUUCAGUCAAGAAGGAGCAAGAAUUCCGAUCCAUCUUUGACCACAUUAAGCUACCACAAGCCAGCAAAAGCACAUCAGAGUCAUUUAUUCAGCACAUUGUGUCCUUAGUUCAUCAUGUCAAAGAACAAUAUUUCAAGUCAGCUGGAAUGACCCUAAGUGAGAGGUUCACUGCUUAUCAGAAGGCUACUGAAGAACAUAGCACCCGGCAAAAGAGUCCUGAAAUACACAGGAGGAUUGACAUCUCUCCAAGUGCCCUGCGGAAGCAUACCCGUUUAGCGGGAGAAGAGAGAGCCUUUAAAGAAGAAACUCAGAAAGGAGAUAAAAAAUUAAAGUGUGAUGCUGCUGAUCUCCGUCAUGACAUCGACCGUCGUAGAAAAGAACGAAGUAAAGAACGAGGAGACUCUAAAGGUUCCAGGGAAUCCAGUGGAUCAAGGAAGCAGGAGAAAAUUCCAAAGGAUUACAAGGAUUAUAAACCUUACAAAGAUGACAGUAAACAAAAAAGAGAGCAAGACCGUUCUCGAUCUUCCUCAACUUCCUCCCCAUCUUCCUCUUCAUCCAGUUCCCGAGAAGAAAAGGACUGCAAGAAAGAAAGAGAUGAAGAAUUUAAACCCCAUCACGAGCAAAAAGACUACUUGGGUUUUACAGGAGUUGGAAGACCUAGAGGCACAUUUUUUCGAAUUAGGGGCAGAGGAAGAGCCAGAGGCGUGUUUGCUGGAACAAAUGCUGGUCCUAGCAACUCAAAUACUACUUUUCAAAAGAGACCGAAGGAGGAGGAAUGGGAUCCUGAAUAUACCCCCAAAAGCAAGAAAUACUUCUUGCAUGAUGACAGAGAUGAUGGCGUAGAUUACUGGGCUAAAAGAGGAAGAGGCCGUGGCACUUUCCAGCGUGGCAGAGGAAGAUUCAACUUCAAAAAAUCAGGUAGCAGUCCAAAGUGGACACAUGACAAAUACCAAGGGGAUGGGCUUGUAGAAGAUGAAGAAGAAACAAUGGAAAAUGAAGACAAGGAGAGACGCAAAGAAGAAAAGGAAUAAUACAUCUGAAGAUGAAUUACAGCUGAAAACAUCAGUGUUCUAUCUACACAACAUUUUUAAUAUGACUUGUCGUCAAAUGAAUGUAAGCAUUUUACUUAAAUUUUACUGUUGGAGAGUAGUUUAGUUUUUGUUUUUUGUUCUUUUGCAAUUUCACUAAGUAGUGAUGAUUAUACAAGAGCAAGUAGAAAAAGUAUGAUACUAUUUGUCAUGAUCAACUUUUUAAAAUGUUUACUGUUUGUUAUAAGCAGUGUAACUUUGCUUUGUCCAGAAUAUAUGGUCAAAACUCUGAGUGUUGUAUUUCAUUGACCCUUCCACAGCUGUGUUUUAUUCUAAAGUAAAUUUUAGGUCUGCGCAUCUAAAUCUUGAGGCAACAUUUUAAAAUAAAUCUGUACUAAAUCUGAA